AUGGUGACAGGCAAGAAGACACGAAUCCUUGAACGUGAGAAAGCUCCAAUUGUCACAAUGGUACAUCAAGAAGAAGAACAGCCCAAGCUGGUGGGUCGCCCCAAGGGGUCAACAAAAAAAGCAACCAAGGAUGUUGUGAAGAAGAAAGAUUUGGCAAAGAUUAUGCUUACAGAGCGCUACGCAAAUGCCAAGGCUGCUGCCAGUCCAAAGCGGCUGACUGAAGGCGUUUAUGGAAAGAUACACAAUGAAGUAAUGGAAGAGCUUGGACUUGGCAGAACUGGUUUCUCAAUUCCAAAGACCACAAUCCAGAGUCGAGUACGGGGAAAAACGACUACAACCAAACGAGGGCCAACUUCUCCAGUAGCUGCUUUUGAGCCAUACAUCCUGAAAAUCACACUAUACAGACAGCAAGCUGGACAACCAUUGACACAACCAGAAACCAUUGCUUUGGCCAAUUCUCUUGUAGUAGGAUCCAAACUUGAAGACAAGUUAAAAGACUUUCAUAGCAAGCACAAAGCUCAACCAACAGAGUUGCUUGGCAAGAGGUGGUUCAAAGGUUUCAUGAAUAGAAACAGAGAUAUCUUGAACACUGGGAGAGGAAGCAAGCAGGACAGAGCACGGAAGGACUGGACAACAUAUGAGAACGUCCAACAAAUGUACGGGUUGGUGUAUGAGCAAAUGCUCCAAGCUGGAAUCGCAGUGCGCUUACCAGAAAGUGAACACUAUUGGGUUGACAAUGUGGGGCAGAUUGUUGAUUCUGAGGACAAGGCGGCUGGCCACAAGUGCACAAUUAAGCUCAUACACCCAGAGUAUUUGUUGUUCGGAGACGAAGUCGGAACGGAUACUGCCCAAGACCAAGAUGGACACAUCGGCGGCGAAACGUACAUCAAAAGUGCAGAUGGCCAAAAGGUGGAGCUGCUCAGUACAAAGGCCACUGGUCGCUUCACUGUGAUGGGUCUGACUGCUGCAAGUGGAGAUCCAGUGAUGUGUAUUGUUAUCAUUGCGGGCAAGGAGUUGGCUUGUGAAGAUUACAUCGGAUUUGACCACCAAUCUGAUGUAAUGUAUGACGGGACAAAGACACUUGAAGAGAACUAUGGUCCUGGAAAGGUGCUUCCGGGACUUCCCGUCUGUGUCUUCAGAGGAAAAGAAGUGCCUGGUAUGGUUGCUGUGUCUCCAAAGGGAUCCAUGACUUCCGAGAUUCUCAAGAAAGCACUGGAGACAUUGGACGAACUAGGGGUCUAUCCACGGACCCGGCAAGGACCGACGCCAAUGUUUCUCUUCGAUGGCCAUGACAGCCGCCUUCAAGUUCCCUUCCUUGAGUACAUCAACAGUGAAGAUGAGUUCCAGAAUCCACUUUGGAUAGGCUGCAUCGGCUUGCCAAACGGAACCGCAAAAUGGCAGGUUGGUGAUUCUGUACAGCAAAACGGAUCCUUCAAGAUGGCAAUGACAAGGGAGAAGAAGAGAUUGGUGUAUCACAAGAUUAGGAUGAUGCAUCCAAGCAUCGACAUCAAGCGAUCGGAUAUAAUACCUUUGAUCUGCAAAGCGUGGGCUGUAUCGUUCGCUCGGAAAGUACAGAAUCUCCAUGCCAUCAUUGCAAGAGGAUGGUACUAUCUCGACAUGAGACUGUUGAAAGACACGGAUAUCUUGAACACACGGGUGACUCAUGUAAAUACUUCCGAAGGAACAACUGCUGAAUCGGAACAUCCUGGAACUCCCGUAACACCCCGAACUCCCCAGUUGGUUGAUUGCCAGGUGGAGGAGAGUGCAUUUACUGACAACAUUGGACCCUUAGCACUGCACAUGAAUGUUGGCAAUAGUGAAAUCAUGAUUGAUAUGAUUGUUCAUAUGCGCAAAAAUGCUGGCGUCCAAGCACGUCUGAAAGAGCGAAAGAAAAAGAUUGCUGCAGACGCAGCUGCCCACGAAACGUUCAUGAAAGACAUAAAAUUGACCGCUGGGGGACUCUUCAAGAGCGGCGAAGUCCAUCUAUCAAAUCGAGUGCUGGCAGUUCGCAGAGAGAGAGAUGCCAAAAAGCUGGAGAGCGUGUUGGAUCCAAUUCGAAGGGCUGUUGAUGGUUUCCACCUUCGCAUGCAAAAGUAUACAGAGCUCGAACUCAAGGGGAUAACGAAUCCCAAAAAAAUGAAUGUGCUACAAAUUGGCACAUGGCUCAGCGUCCGGAAGACGAAGGCAGAUAAGAUCCCAAAGGGGAAGGAUCUCCAGAUUGCAUUGAUGAAAGAAUGGGCUGGUCGACCGCUCCUGAAUCUGAGGCAACACCUUCUUGAUCUUGGCAAACAGGAGCACAAUAUAGAUACGGUCUUCGCGGAAAGAGCCAGGAUUGCAGCAGAAGUAGAAGCUUUUGAAGAGGAAGAAUCUGAUGGGGAUGGAUUGUUGGUUCAUCGUCUUGACAUGACUGCUGUUUCAAACGGUGGCAAGAAAACCAUGGAGGUCGAACUUUGA